CCUGAGCCCGGCGAUCAACCCAAUCGACCUCACCGCUCCGGCGCCAGCCGACUUUCUCCCUGAACCACCUCAAGUCAUGCCACGCCCCCACAAACGAUGCUGCCGCCGAGCGAUACCCGUCCCGCAUUCUCAAGCGCAAAUUCAGCAGCGGCCUAUCCAAGGAGGAGCCCGGCCCCAAAUCAACAGCAACCGUCCCCGUGCAGCGUCCGUCCACAUCCAAACAGAAGGUCCGCCAGGCCAUUGCCCUCGGCCCAAAGAAGUCGGCGCACAACAUGAUCGAGAAGCGCUACCGCACCAACCUCAACGACAAGAUCACGCAGCUGCGCGACGCCGUGCCCUCGCUCCGACUACUCGCGCAACGCGCCAAGAACGCUGCCGAGGGAGGAAGUGCGACCAGAGCCGAACUCGAGGACGACGACGACGACGCGGCCGCCGUCGCCGAGGACGGGGGGUUGAUAAGAGAGACUACAUGUAGUACGAGCGGGUUGAAGCUGAACAAGGCAACUAUCCUGAGCAAGGCGACCGAGUACAUCCGCCAGCUGGAGCGGAGGAAUCAGGGGUUGGAGGCGGAGAAUGGCGCGUUGAGGGGGCGGAUGGAGGGGUUGGAGAUGAUUUUGAUGAGCCACGGGGGCGUGCUUGGGGGGUGGAAUUAGGAUGAGGUGUACUACAAGACUUUUCUUUUGCCUUUAGUUUGGGCGGGUGGGUUGAUUACCUUACGCAGGGCGUUCAGGGUGUACCACUGGAUUCUGCUGUAGGUCAUGGCGAUACCUGUGGGAUUGCGAUGUAAUACGGGAGUCAAGGAGAAGGAGGUAACGGGGUUCUGUUUGAUGCGUCUUAAUUAUUGCUACUGGCGAGCAUCGAGAAUAAUACCCAGCUCUAAAAAGGUUCGGAG